GCAGUUGCGUGUGAGCUGUUUAAAAAUAGCGUUCGUCGUGCCACCACGAUGUGAUAACGCGAGGUGGACGAUUUCACCGAUCCGGCGAUAGAUCCCAGCUCGACCUGACGUAAAAUGAUCUAACGCUGAAUCGAACGAGCGUGAUCCACACGUCGAGCAACUUCUUCGGACGGUCCCUGCGGAGUUAUUCUUGCGAGCGAUUCUCGGACUCUGCAGCGAUGCAGCGGUACGAUCUACUGAUCCAGGAGAUCGAGGGCAUCGACGAUUACCUGGGCCCGACCUUUCGGGUCGUAACAUGUCGAGGGUGUCAAUUAACCAGCAUCUACUGUCUAUGGUGCCGAAGCAUGAGUAUCUAUUGUUCGAAAUCGAAUCAACUGAUGCCAACAGCAUAGGUCUAGUUUUCAGAGCGAUUUACGAUGGCCACGAGCAUCAGAAGUUCAUGGAGAAGCUCGACGAUCGCAUCAAGGCUCAUGACAGAGAUAUCGAGAGGAUGUGCAACCACCACUACCAGGGAUUUAUCGAUUCCAUCCGGGAGCUGUUACAAGUUCGCUCUCAAGCUCAGCAACUUAAUGCGGAUAUAUUGGAGCUUGACAAACGCAUCACCACUACGUCCACCAAAGUCAUCGACAAGGGUGAAGAACUGGUUAAGGCCCGCAAGGUGGAGAGUAACAUGGCUGCUGCUGUAGACAGUCUCACUAUGUGCCUUCCUGUCUUAGCCGCCUAUGCGAAGUUACAGAAGCAAUUGAAGGAUAAGCGUUAUUAUCCGGCGCUGAAAACACUGGAGCAAUUGGAGCAUCACGAUCUGCCGAAAGUCACGAAUUACAGGUUUUCCUCUCAAAUCACUCAACAAAUUCCGCAAUUGCGAGAGAAUAUAAAGGAUGCGUCUAUGUCCGACCUGCGGGAUUUUCUAGAAAACACCAGAAAGUAUUCGCCAAAGAUUGGGGAAGUUGCAAUGAGGCAUACCGCCGAACAGUUGGCUACCGAGGCGGAAAUCAUCGGGAGGAAGAAGAGGAGAUCUCACACAAACAACCCGUCGUCGAACGAGGGUGAGGAGGAACUGAGCGCUCAGGAUUUAAUGGACUUCAGUCCGGUGUAUCGAUGCAUGCAUAUCUACACCGUGCUACGCGAAGGAGACACUUUCAAGACUUACUACAGGCAACAAAGGAAGCAGCAAGCCAGGCUGGUUCUGCAGCCGCCCAUUAAUAUGCAUGAAACUAUAGUCGGGUAUCAGACUUAUCUACAUGGCAUUAUCGGUUUCUUCGUGGUGGAGGAUCACAUACUAAACACUGGUAACGGAUUGGCCACACGCGCGUACUUGGACGAGCUUUGGUCAAUGUCUUUGUCCACUAUAGUCAACGCUUUACGGACGCAUUCGGCAUAUUGCACAGACGCCACGCUCAUAUUGAAAAUUAAGAACCUCAUUAUGCUGUUCAAUACUACCCUGAGGAAUUAUGGCUACUCCGUAGGACAACUUUGGGACUUGUUACAAGAGAUUAGAGUGCAUUACAACGAAGUGCUGAUGCAACAUUGGGUUCAAGUAUUCAGGGACAUUUUGGAUGAAGACAGCUUCUUGCCAAUUCAGGUUACAACGCAGGCCGAAUAUGACGACGUUCGUAACCUAUUUCCUUAUCACGAUGAAGAAUUGCAGAAAGCCGAGUUUCCUAAAAAGUUCCCGUUCUCGGAUAUGGUUCCCAAGGUUUACCAACAAGUGAAGGAAUUUAUUUACGCUUGUCUCAAGUUCUCGGAAGACUUGAAUUUCACGCAAACAGAGAUCGACGAGAUGAUAUGCAAGUCGACGAAUCUUUUACUAACGAGAACCUUCAGCGGAUGUCUGUCGUCGUUGUUCCGGAAGCCGUCCUUGGCACUUUUGCAAGUGGUUCAAAUCAUAAUCAACACUGGCUACCUCGAAAAAUCUACAAAAUACUUGGAAGAAUUUCUUACUAAUAUUACUGGCACACCGCACAAGGGACAAUUGAGUUGCGUGGGAGUGGAAUCCGCCAUGUUUCGAGUCGCGCGGGACGACGCCGAGAAGCAAAUAUGCGACAAGCUGAAGAACAAGCUGGACGAGUUCUUAGAAUUGGAGAAUUACGACUGGAAUCUGGCAGAGCCUCAAGGACAUGCCUCAGGGUUCAUCACAGAUCUGAUAGCGUUCCUGCAGAGCACCUUCACCUGUUUCACCAAUCUACCGGACGAGGUGGCUCAAGUAGCGUGCAAGUCUGCAUGUUCUCACAUCGCUAAGGCCAUAUUAGGAAUAUUGAUUAGCGAGGAUGUGAAGCAGAUAUCUAUGGGCGCGUUGCAGCAGGUCAAUUUGGACACUAUACAGUGUGAACAAUUCGCCGCUUCCGAGCCGGUCACCGGUCUGCCGGAAGGGACGUUAUUGCAAUACUUCUCGCAAUUGAGACAAUUGUUGGACUUAUUCAUGAGCUGGGAUUGGCCCACUUACUUCCACGAUUAUGGUCAUGAUUCCAGUAAAUAUAAUCUAGUGACCCCGAACAUGGCUGUGCUUCUGUUGGAAAAACUGAAAGAGUCCGAUAAGAAAACUGUGUUUUCUGUACUGAAGAAAAGUGAGAGGGACAAAAAGAAACUGCUCGAAACUGUGUUGAAGCAGCUGCGCCAGCUGGCACAGACGACUCAGCAAUAGUCGAAGUUGUGGGAAUUAAUAAUGAUGUAAUUAUGUAAAUAUAUAAUUUUUGUACAUGAGUAUUAUAAAAGAAAUUGAGUCUUCACGCGCGUGGCAUAUA